CAACGCGUCUGUAUCAGUACGAUACUGUGUUUGCGUGUAAUACAAUAAUGUAUAUAUAUAUUAAUCGUCUGUCUCGCUCCCUCCUACAUUCGGAGCGCUGCUCGAUCUGCUUGGCUCACUCCACUCGCCUCGCGAGCGCGGCCUGCCUAACUGACUCGUCGUCCGCCCGCUUCGACGAUUCAGCGGGCUGCUGCUCGAUUGCGGCAGACUACGGCUGGCUGUUUUGCUAAGUCUAGUGUGUUGAGUGUGUAUGUACAGCGAAUGUCGCGCGAGUUUCUUUCGAGUCGUCGAGUGGCAGUGCGCGCAUGGCUUCGACUCUAUCGUGCAAAUAACCUACAAAUAAAAAAAUAACAAAAACUGAACUUGGGAGCUUGUCGCAGUGCUGCUGCUAUAAGUCUACUACUGUUGUGCUGCCAUUCCGCACAGUGCAUCGCGCGCGCGAGUGUUUUUGUUAUUAGUGUGUUUGUUUCUCGCUACAGAGAUUGUUAUCGACAUGUCGACGUCGUCGUUGUCGUAGCGAGUUUAAUGUGAUCGUAAGUUGCUGUGUGUUGUUCUGUCGUGAAUAUUUAUUCGUGUAUAUGUGCACGCCACACCAAGUGCCAACAUAGAGGAGGCUAAUAAACGAAUCUGAGAGUUAAUUUUGAUGCGAUCAAAUACGCUUUUGACGCAAUUGUGAGAAGAUAUUACGAUGCAGACGGAGCUAAUGUAUCGUAAAACGGAAUCUUUGACGUCUCAACAGCUGCAACAGCAGAAUCUGGCCCUGAUGGCGUCGAGCUCUGCACCGUCAAGCACGAGCAGUACGCCGCAGCACCAGGCCCGCGGUAUCGCUAGGCGCGAUGGUGACAAAAAAAACGGCCGGGACACGCGCGAGACCAUCCACUCGGGCCACUUCAUGGUCUCGGAUUUCGAGGCUGAGGCCCAGGACGACGAGGACGAAUUGGCGGUGCCGGUGCCGGAGGAGCAACCAGAGACUCGGCUUGCGAUCGUCGCGACCAACGGGGCCCAGCGUUCGUCCAUAAUUGACGGUCACCUGGUUGUCGGCGUUGCUUCUGUCGACAGUGAGAACAAUGCCGUGACGAUCGAGACGUCGCUCAACAAACUUUUCCAGUGCAUGUCUUUGGCUUAUAGACAGAAGUUGACGUCACCGAAAUGGAAUCGAUUCAAAGGCAUACGUCUACGAUGGAAAGACAAAAUUCGCCUGAACAACUGCAUCUGGCGAUGCUGGCACAUGCAGUUUAUUAUAAAGAAGAGUAGUCUAGCUUGUCAGUUUGCUUCACCUCUCGACGUAAAUACGCAUGACAAGCCCGAGGCUGUAGUAUUAGAGGGUAAAUACUGGAAGCGAAAAUUGGCCGCAGUCACCGCAGAGUACAAAAAAUGGCGCAUGUUUUAUCGAAAUCGAAUUUUUGGUUGGCCAAACCGAGAUGGAGUCUUGGAAGCCAUGGACACGAUGGAUUGGGGCGACAGUGGCUGGGAGAACAGCUUGCAAGUCAACAAUUUCGGAGGAGGUCCGAAUAUGAUUUCGGAUGACAGUAUGAACAUGAUGGUUGACGAAGACUAUAUGCAGCUCAUGACCGAUACAUUGUUCACAACAAUUGGUCAGCCGAUAUAUUUUCCCGAUACCCGUGAAAUCGCCCGCGGCGUGGGUUUAGCCGAUCUCAUUCAACCAAGUUUGGGUCCACUGCAGCCAACUCUCGACGACUUCAUUAACGUAUUGGAACCUCUUCAAGAAUACUUGACUUCAAAAAUACCUAUGCAACCCGAAGAUGACGUCUAUGGUCAAGGUGCCGCCUCACUCACUGCAACCUCUUACCCUGAGAUCGACCUCCUGUCUUCGAUGAACCAAGUCCCAUCUGUUAGUCUGAGCGGCGGGACAGUUUCGUCGAGUGCCGUUUCGCCAAUCUUGUCUAUAGCUACGACUAAUCAGCAUCAGCCACCGUCCAUGCAAACCGACGAAAGCGUUGCCUUGCAAAAUCUACAGUACACCGCCAAGAUGUACACACAAGCUCAACAACAACAACAACAACAACAGUUACAACAAAUGCAACAGCAAAAUAGUUCACUUUUCAGUAAUAAUUCAAAUCUAAAUCAAAACUUCAACAUAACUUCCCAAAAUUUUGAACAUCAACAAGUACAGAAACAGCAGGCACUACCCAUGAUAAGGGAAAAAUCACAGCGACAAAGUAGAGGACAUAUGCGUGCUUCGAAAUUAAAUGCACAUCAGCAGACCCGACAACAGUCGCAACAGUCGACCUAUCAAUUAAUUUCACAACCCCAACCACAACAAUUGGCGUACCAAAGAGAUUUCAGAUCUCUGGAUCUUCAGAGCACGAGUCUUGGGCUUGAUUCUAAUCAGCUGCAAUUAGUCAUGACUGAGGCAAACUCUCAAACGCUAAUGAAUUCGUCAGAACCGAUUUUUUCGACUGCACAGGCACACGAUCUAGGUUCUUCGUACACUGAGCCACCACAAGUCAAACAGAUGAAGCAAGAUAUUUCUCAUAAACCUUAUACAAAAAGAAAUCCUCCUGGAUACAAAUUUUCCCCGCCUACCGGUUCGUUCGAUGCUCAACAAUGCAAGUUUACUAGUAAUUUGAGGCCAACAAUGCCAGCAACACAAAUGCAGCAGCAGCAGUCAGUGGUCACGCGUACGAGUCAACAAACGCCGCAGUCGCACAUUCUCAUACAACCAAACAACGCAAUGGAUUACAGAGUGUCAACUUUUCAAUCGCCAAAAUUGUUACCCAGACCUCCGAAUAGCCAAGUUGUCGAGGCUCCAGAAGAGGUGUUUGCCGUGCCAAAAUAUCAAAAAAUAUCAAAGAAUCGAUCUCGAAGCAGUUCGUUAAAUGUGAUAAAAAAUGCUCCGAAAAACGUGGCCAUAGUUCAACCAGGACCCUUGAUAGCAACAGUAAGUGACCCGACUUUGAAUGUUAACAGCAACACCCUACUCACACAGUUACUGAGUAAAAAUCCAGGAAAUUUAUAUGCAGUAACAUCUGCUCAUCCCAGUCCCGAUCAACGUCCUACCAGCCAAAAUCAGUCCGUAAUUGGUGCAAAACAUAUACUGCCAGUAUCGACGACAAACGUAACUGCUAGAACCCAGAACAUUAUCAAUGCACCCCAUCAUAUCAACACAUCGACUACUCUACAACCAAUACACACAAUUACCAGUGUUCAUGACCAGACGCAACAGCAGACUAAUUCAAACCAAGCUAUGCUCGUUACAACCAACCUUCAAAGUCCAAGCCAAAGCGGUAGCAACCCGAAUUCGCCUAAUGAUAGUAGUUCCAAUGCACCUGGAGCUGUGCAUAGUCCGCAAAGUCUGAGUUUAAGUCCAUUGCAUAGCCCUAUGAACGUGGGAAGCCCUCUAUCACCGAGUCGAAAUUAUGUUAGAGGGGAGUCGGAGCGUGGUCAGUACAGGGAACAACGACGUGUUGGACACAUUCAUGCCGAGCAAAAAAGACGAUGCAAUAUUAAAAAUGGCUUCGAUACUCUUUAUAAUCUAAUACCACAGCUCAAUAGUAAUCCAAAUACUAAAAUGAGCAAGGCAGCUAUGUUGCAGAAAGGUGCUGAUUAUAUCAGGACGCUUCGGAGUGAGCGACAUAUUAUUAGGACGGAAGUGAAUGAUAUGAAAUUAAAGCUGGAAUCUUUGAAUCAAGAAAUUGCAUGUGUUCACAACAAGUUACCUGCUGAAGGAGCUCCAGUUACGAGUCAAAGGUCUAUUAAAAUGAAAGAAAUGUUCGAUGAAUAUGUCAAACUCAAGACGCACGAUAAUUGGAAGUUUUGGAUUUUCAGUGUAUGUAUUCAGCCGUUAUUUGAUUCUUUCAAUGCAUCGGUUUCAACGACUAGUAUGGAUGACUUAUGCGAAACUACCAAAAAAUGGGCCGGUGAUAAAUGUUCAUUAGCGAUGCUUAGACCAGCUCUCCUAAUGGAAUUGAGGGAUUUGUCAAAAAGAACUAACGUUGUUUAUGAUGCAACAAGUCUUGCUGAAGCAGCUAUUGCAGCAGUCGGCAAACUUGAUAAUCCGAAUCCUCGAAACGAUUCAAUGCAAGGUUGAAUUGUACGUUAUAUUUUUGUAACUUCAAAAAGUCAUUCUCUCAGCCUGAUAUGAAGCUGAAAAAAACAGUUACCGCAGAUUAUUUAUUAUUUCAGAAAAUUUUGAUGGAAAACUUUGGAGACUGCAUGUGCGUUACAGUAUGUGUCAAAUUGAUACAUUUUUGUGGUUUCGUUAAAUGCUGGAUGCAAAACAUGCAAUUUCUUAUGUAUCGACGUUCACUUACUUAUAAGUGUCAAUCGUAUUAGAAUUAUAAAAGUACAAAUGUAAAGACAUUUCUUGAAAGCGUAUAAUUAAUAAUCUAUCUCAAUUUUUGUGUCAUUUGUUAAUUCUCAAAAUUAAUUGAGCAAAUGUUGAAUGAGAAUGAUCAUUGAUUUUGUAUAAUAAUAUUUGCUAAAUUUUACUGUAAAUUGCAACUGACUACAACAUUUGAAAAGAUAAAAAUAUUUUGACAUUCCAAUGAGAAGCUUGACAACUUUUUAUAAGCAUUGCAAAUUUGUUAAUUUUCUAUUUGAUUACCACGCUGCUAUAUGUUUGAAAAUAAAUUUACAAAAAUAAAUUUUAAUUUCAAUGCACAUAACGAAAUGAAGUGAUCAAUAUUAUUGUUUUAUGAAAUUAUGAUAUCCCAGAAAUAUUUUAUUAUUAAAAGUAUAAAUGACAACAAUUUUUUAAUAAAUUCAACAUGGUAGGAUUGUAAUAUUGCAAUGAAUGUCCGAAGAUUCGCAUAAAUAAUGAGUUUUAAAAGAUAAAAAUGAUAAAUUUUGCAUUUUCAUGUAAAAAAUUUAUGAUAAAGAUUUAAAUAGGUGAAGGAGUAUUAUUUGCAAAUGUUACUUAGAUACAAUUCUAUUUAAAAAUCUAAUGCGGCCUGCAAAAAAUUAUUUUUGAUAUGUUUAACGCAACGUCA